UUUUUAUUUCAGGAUGUUCUGAGUGCUCCAAUGUGGACUUUAGCUUCUCACAUAAAGCAGGAAGCGACAGCGACAGAGGAGAAAAAUGACCAAGUUCCUGUCACAGGAUGAAAUUCACAAGUUCAAGGAAUGUUUUUCUUUGUACGACAAAAAGGGCAAGGGUAAGAUCCCAGCUGGAGACCUUCUGACUGUUAUGCGUUGUCUGGGGACUUGUCCAACCCCCAGUGAAGUUACACGACACCUGCAGAUUCACAAAAUAGGCAAAGACGGAGAAGUGGACUUCUCUACUUUUCUGACCAUAAUGUACAGACAGCACAAGCAGGAGGACCCACAGAACGAGAUCAUGGUAGCUUUGCUCAUGUCUGACAAGCAAAAGAAAGGACUCAUCUCAAUGUCUGAACUCAAAGCCAAACUUACCCUUAUGGGUGAGAAGCUGACACCAGAGGAAGUGGAUGACCUAUUUAAAGGGACAAAAGUGGGACCAGAUGGCAUGCUGAAUUAUGAGGAGUUUGUAAGGAAUAUAACAUUGCCAGUGCCAGACUACUGAACUCUGCUGUGCCAGAAGACCUCACUGUGAGAAAAGCUGGGUGCGGAAGCCUCUUUUAUUUCUCUGACAUUGACGUCAACAACAAAUCCGCUCAUAAAAGUAAUUCCAAGUCAUUUAACCUGAAAUAUUAAACUUCUGGAUCUGGUUAUUUUUUAAGAUUGUUAUCCAAUUUACAAUAUUCAGCUGCUAUAAUACUGAACAUAUCUUAUAACAUCAGUGAAGCAUUAAAGAGAUAUCCAAUCUG